AUGUGAGACUCCAUAGCCAAGUGAGUGAUCUUCUUCUUUCUUUAUUGGGUUUGGUUCCCCCAAUGAAGAUCUCUCAUCUGUGCCUCUUCUUGUCCUUGCUGCUUUUCGGAGCGAGCAGCUUUUGCUAUGCUGAUGAUGAUAAGACAGUUGAGGUAGUCGGGUUUGGAGAAUGUACUGACUGUGCUGAGAAGAGCAUUAAGACCAGUCAUGCUUUUUCAGGUCUUGGUGUUACGAUCGACUGCAAGGCCGAAAGCGGCCACUUCGAGAGGAGAGGGGCCGGCGAGCUCAAUGAGGAGGGCAAGUUUUCAGUGUCCAUCCCAAAGGAGAUUGUGAAAGAUGGAGGAGAUGGACUGAAGGAGGAGUGCUAUGCACAGCUCCACAAUGCAGAGGCCACACCAUGUGCUGCUCAUGAUGGACUUGAAUCCACCAAAGUGGUAUUCAAGUCUAAAAACAGUGAUGGGAAACAAACCUUUGGAAUUGUUGGUACUAAACUGAAGUUUUCACCAUCUACAUGCACUUCUGCUGUCUUUUGGCCUCCCUUUAAACACCCACUUCCCAAAUGGACCAAACCACAUCCUCUCUUUGGACACCCAAUAUUCCCUUUCCCUCCAAAAAAAUUCCCUCCAUUCCCACCUAAGAUUACUAUUCCUCCAUUCUAUAAGAAGCCCUGCCCUCCCAAGACCCCUUUUUACGAAAAGCCCCUCCCCCCGCCAGUCCCAAUUUACGAAAAGCCCCUCCCCCCACCAGUCCCAAUCUACGAAAAGCCCCUCCCUCCCCAGUCCCAAUCUACAAGAAGCCACUCCCUCCCCCAGCCAAUAUACAAGAAGCCCCUCCCUCCACCAGUACCAAUAUACAAGAAGCCGCUCCCUCCCCCAGUCCCAAUAUACAAGAAGCCCCUCCCUCCACCAGUACCAAUAUACAAGAAGCCGCUCCCUCCCCCAGUCCCAAUAUACAAGAAGCCCCUCCCUCCACCAGUCCCAAUUUACAAGCCUCCACCAGUGCCGGUUUACAAGAAACCAAACCCUCCACCAGUACCUAUCUACAAGAAACCAUGCCCUCCACCAGUUCCAGUCUACAAGAAACCCCUCCCUCCACCAGUACCAGUUUACAAAAAGCCCCAUCCCCCAAAAGCACCCAAAAAAAUGUGCCCUCCACCAGUCCCAGUGUACAAGAAGCCACUCCCUCCACCAGUCCCUGUGUACAAGAAGCCACUCCCUCCACCAGUCCCUGUAUACAAAAAGCCACUCCCACCACCAGUCCCUGUGUAUAAAAAGCCACUCCCACCACCAGUUCCAGUUUACAAAAAGCCACUCCCACCACCUGUUCCAGUGUACACAAAACCGCUUCCACCGCCGGUUCCUGUGUACACAAAACCGCUCCCACCACCGGUCCCAGUGUACACAAAACCACUCCCACCUCCAAUCCCAUUUUACAAACCAAAGCCACACCCAUUUUACAAACCAAAACCACUUCCACCUCCAAUUCCAUUUUACAAACCAAAGCCACACCCAUGGUUCAAGCCAAAGCCACUUCCACCUCCAAUUCCAUUUUACAAACCAAAGCCACACCCAUGGUUCAAGCCAAAGCCACACCCAUUUUACAAACCAAAACCACUUCCACCUCCAAUCCCAUUUUACAAACCAAAGCCACACCCCUGGUUCAAGCCAAAGCCACACCCAUUUUUCAAGCACCCAUUCUUGAAGCCUCUACCUCCAUUCCCCAAGAUUCCUCAUCAUCCUUUCUUUAAGAAACCACCACCAUUCCCACUACAAACAUCUCCCAAGGUUUAAUUAGCCCUACCGGCCCCUAUUUAUUUAUUUACAUGUAACUAGCAGGAUGAAUAUUGUUGUGUGAUGAUCAAGCCAUGUGCAUGUGUGGAAUAAUAAAUUAUAAGCCUUCAGACCAUAGAGAGAUAGGGAUCGAGGAGCUGUACUAUUGUUAUAGAGAAAGUGAGAUCGGGAUACCCGAGAGUGAGUACGUACUGCAACUGAAAGAAAGUGUUUCUUGAUUCCAUUUAUUGAUGAGUUUGGCUUGUGUUGGUUGUGUUUCUUUACGUUACUUACGUACACAUACGUCUGUAAUCUGCAAUGUUUGUAAAUAAAACUUUCAGUCUUUCAGAUGCA